AUGACGGAGAAGAAAAAUUGCAGUGUGCGCCCCAUGGCAGCCGGGACGUGGUCACGUGUCGCCGGCUGCUUGUUCUCUUUCCUCCUAUCCCACGAUCAUGUCGUCAUUGCCCACGCGGCAACCGCCUCACCGGCGCCGCCGCUUUCCUUCAGCUUCGGCUUCGCAAACACCUCCGACUACAGUUUACAAGACCUCCGGUUCGAGGGCGACGCCGCCCUGAACGGCGACCUGGUCGACCUCACCUGCAACUCCGUAGAGUCCAAGGAGAACUAUUACUGCAAGGGCCGGAUGUCGUACAACCACCCGAUUCCCUUGUACGACAAGAGCACCGGCGAAGUGGCCAGCUUCGCCACAACCUUCAUCUUCGCCAUCCACUUGAUACCCAACAGGACCAAGAAGGGGGACGGCCUGACCUUCUUCCUCUCCACCUACCCGUCAAGAUUACCGCCGGAGUCGUCCAGCAAUCUCCUUGGCCUCAUCAGCAGUAGCGACACUAGCGCCGUCGGCGAAGACCGGUUCGUCGCCGUUGAGUUCGACACUUACAGCAACCCAUGGGAUCCCACGGGAGCCUCCGAUCACAUCGGCAUCGACCUCAGCUCCGUCACCUCGGUGAGCACCACCAGGUUGCCCAGCUACAGCCUCAAUGGCACCAUGACGGCGACCAUCACUUUUGUCAACACCACCCGGACGCUGGAGGCCAUCCUGCACUUUGAUUAUUCCAAUCAUUCUCUUGCCGCCGCUCGGGUGAAGACGCAGUUGCCUGAUCCUCUCGAUGCCUUGCUCCCGCCGGUGGUGGCGGUUGGGUUCUCUGCGGCCACCGGUGGAAACACUGAGCUGCAUCAGAUACACUCUUGGUCAUUCAACUCAACUAUGGCACCGAGAGCCAGAGGUCGUGACAAUUCAUUGAUCAUCGGAGGAGCCGUCGUUGUUGCGUUGGCCCUGGUGGUGAUAAUUUGGUCAAUCCUAUCAUGGUGUAGGUGGACACGCACGCGCGAUUCCUUUGGGACCGGAACUCGUCUUAAACGAUUCGAGUACCGCGAAGUGUCCACCGCCACCGACGGAUUCUCCGACAAGAAGAAGAUCGGAGCCGGUGGCUUUGGCGUGGUAUACAGUGGGAGCCUCAAGGCCGACCAACCGGUGGCCGUGAAGAAGAUCCUCAAGGACUCGAGGGGAGAAUUCAAGGACUUCCUCGCAGAGCUGGACGCCGUCGGCCGAACGGGCCACGGUAACGUGGUCAGGCUCGAAGGCUGGUGCUGCAGCAUAAACAAUUUCAUGUUUUGGUGCUUGCACAGACAGAACGUCAAGCUCUUCCUCGUCUAUGAACUUGUGCCUAAUGGCAACCUCCACGAGCACCUGCACGAAAGGCCUGAAGUACUGUCAUGGGCAAGGAGGUACAAAAUAGUAAAGGGCAUAGGGUCCGCUCUUCAUUACCUCCCCCACCUAUGCAAGCCAUGCAUCUUGCACAGAGAUAUCAAACCAAGCCACAUACUCCUGGACCAUGAUUUCAAUGCCAAGCAUGGCGACUUUGGGCUGUCGAGGGUCGCCCAAUACGGCGACGACACAUCACUGAUUACGGCAGUGGCCGUUGGGACCGCGGACUACAUGGAUCCACUGUGCAAGAAACAUGGACAGGUCAAGCUGCGCCCUAGCUCCGACGUCUACAGCUUUGGGAUCGUCCUGCUAGAGAUAUUGCAUGGAGAAAAUAACCCGGACCUUCUCCGGAAGCUCCAUAGAGAUCAGCCAGAAACAUUUGUGAGUGAUGCUGCCGACAAGAAGCUGGAUGGCCAGUUUGACAAGAUAGAGAUGGAGCGCGUGAUUGUCCUCGCCCUCCAGUGUUGUGACCUAUAUGAGAGCCAACGGCCUUCAAUGCCUGCUGCAAUCCUAUUCCUGGAGAACGGCGGAGAGUUGCCCCCUGCUACACCCGAUCGAUCAACGCCACCAUAG